AUUUAAAUAAAAAGAAAACGUAUUGAAUUACGGGUUGAAAUAUAAUUGGUUUUAAUAUGACAGGUAAAACAAUAACUUUUUAUUUACAGGGAUUUUGAAUUUAACAAUUACAACUAGAAAAAUAAAUCACGUGGUUUUAUACAAUAUUGUCGGGCGUUCGGUUUUUUUUACAUUACGGGACGUUGACGACGACGUACGUACGACUAGUGGGGGAGUUCGUCGGUGGGCAGUAGUCGCGUCAUGGAGGCAGUGUUAAAUUGAGCGGAGGGGCGUGCUGAUACCGCGGUUGUUGUUGUGGGCCACCACACUAUCUAUUUAGGGCCAGUAUUACAAUACAUGAUUAUAUCUUCGGUUACCUGAUCGUCCGUUUACGCCUCGGUUAUCAAUUUAACCGCGGUUUUGUCUUUUACGGUCCGUUAUCAGAAAAGUAGUAUAACAAUACCCCGUCAGAGUUCGAUUCGGUAAUCCACUGUUUUGACCGCCACUAUCAUUAAAAAAGUUUAAACUGUUAUCCAGAUAUCACUGCGUGUCAUAAGCUCAUUACUAGUUUUAUUUUAAAUUUUAAACUUAAAGUUAACAUUUAUAAAAUAGGUAAUUUUAUAAUUAGUGAACGUGUUAAUUAAUAUACGACAUGGAUAAAAAAACAUCAAAAAGUAAAAACUUUAGUUUUGCUGAGGAAGAAGAACUGAUGAAUUUAAUUUCGAAACACUGGUCUGUUAUUCAGUGUAAGACUACCGACCACGUGAAUAAUAUGAAAAAGAAAGAACACUGGGCAAAAAUAGAAUCCGAGUUCAACGCAGUUAUUACAGAUCAAUUUAGACCAGCGAGUGUCUUGAAAUGCAAAUUCGAAAAUAUAUGUAGACGAGCUCAGAAAAAAAAAGUGCAAAAUGGAAAGCAACUUUCAAGCACUGGAGGUGGUAAAGCUGUUUUGGAAGAUUUUGGUUCUGUUGAUGAACGCGUAUUGGCUCUUUUGGGUACAAGAGCAUCAGGAUUGAUUUCCAACUGGUGUGACGAUGAAGUGAUAGUUUCAAACACUAAUCAAAUUGAAAUAGAUGGAGUAGAUGAGUAUCAAGUAGAAGUAGUGAGAUGUGAUUAUGAUCAAGAUAGCACAUUCCAAGAGCAGACUUCAGAUAGUUGUAUUCAAAAUGAGUCCAUUGAACCUGGAAUGUCUUGGGCAAAAUAUACACCUGGAAUGCUAAGGCAGCCAAAAUCCGCUCCAUUAUCGUUUGAAAGAACAUCCCCACAUGACAAUGUUGAACUUUCUAAAUCAGGCCCGACAAAGAGAAAGAGGCUCUUUCAAGACAAGUUAUCAAAAUGGGCACAUGAAAAAGCUUCACUGACAGAGCAAGAAUCAAACUUACAAAGCGAAGAAGUAGAAUUUAAAAGAGAAAUAUGGAAGCUGAAAAUAAAUCGAGAACAGGAAUUAUUACAAGAAGUAAAAGAUAGGAUAAAGUUUCAAGUAGAAAAACAUGCAUCAGAAAUGGAACUACUUGCAUUGCAAAAAUCCAGUAUAAAAUUAAAAUUCAGUGAUUUGUAGUGGACUUUUUUUUUUUGAUGAUUUUGAAUAUUAUUUUA